AUGGCAGGUGUCAAGUUCGUGAAGAAUGACCGGUUCUACACGGCGGAUUGACUUGAUCUAAUUACGGCCGAGGGAAGGCGAGAUGUCUUCAGACGCUAGGAAACCGCCGCGAAUCGAAGACUUAAUUUCUACGGAGGAUGACACUUUGGGAUCCUCUAUAAGUCUAAGCGUCGGAGAAAACUCAGUUCGCAUUAAAGAGAAACCUAAAACUACCAAAGAAGUCGAACAAUUGUCGAUUGAUAAAAAAGAAGGGCCGGAUAAGUGGUGGUUGAAGAGACCUGAGACACGUUUAGGUGUUCUGAGUGCUAAGAAUGCAGAUGCAAAGUCAAAGCAGUCUCCUACUCCUUUGUCGGAUGCCAGCUCCUCUAUGAAAGAGUUUCUCGAGAAAGAGAGGAUGUGCAAGACAAUAUCCAAAAGCGAAGGAGAAGUGAAAGACAAGGAUGACACAUUAUGCGACAUACUCGCAUCUGCGGCUUUUGAUAAAUAUCCAUCAGAUUUUGAAAAUGCCACUGACGAAGAUAUCGGUAGUUUAUUGGAGGAAAUGAGCAAGAUUGCGGGGGCAUUAAGUCCAAAUUCGUGUCCUGAACGUACAAAGUCUGGCGGUUCUAAUAAGAAUCUCACGGAAGAAAAGUCUGUAGAAGAAUUAUUAGAAGAAGCUGAGGAGCUAGUCAGAAAAAAUUGUAAUACUCUGUCAAAAAGUAUAUCGAAAUCUGAUACUCUAGUGCCAGAAAAUCAAGAUGAAAGUUUAAGCAGAGUGAGACAAUUAGAAGCUGACAUUUUUCAAUUAAUAGAGGAAGAAGUGCAUAAAGAAUCGGAAAAAAUAAAAAGGAGUCCAAAAAACGAGAGAAAACGGGAGAAUAGUCCCGGAUUCGAGAUUGUUUAUGAAAGUCUGAAUAAUUUGAAGCCACCGAAAACGCUGGAACUUCAAAGAAAAAAGUUCGAGGAACAGAAAGUCGAAAUAUCAAGCAGUUCCGAUUUGGACGACCCAAUUGAGAGGCAUUCCAAGUCCGAGGAACUGAAGAGCGCGAAGAAAAUUGAAAUGGAGAAGGAGAAUCUGCAGAAAGAGAUCACGGACGUGGAUAAGGAUUUUUUCGAGGAUUUGUUGAGAAGAUCAAAGGAGAAGGCAGAGGGCAGAAUGUCCGCCAGUUCCAGUUUCGGACAGGAAGAUUUCUCGCAUUUCUUGAAACUGCUUCAAGGACAAAAUACAGACAAAGAGCUAGAAUCAAAAGAGCCUAAUGCGAUGUACGAUCUCUUUUUAAAAUCUACUAAUGGUGAAGUAGUAUCGACUAAGGAAAAUCAUUUAGCUAGUGGCAAGACCCCAGAAUUCCCAGAAAAAGAAUUUUCUGAAAUAUUAGAAAAGGAAUUACCGAUCAUUAAUGGUGUAAACAUGGAUCAUGAAAUUAAUGAGAGCGAUUCUAGUGUGAGCGAAGAACGGCAUAAAGGGACACGGAAUCCUUUGUCAAGUGGGAAAACAUUCUUAAAGCAGUCUAACAAUGAAUCCAAGAAGACUGCAUCGGAAAUUAUAGAGAAAGAAGGCAAUAAAAAUGCAACAGAAACCAGUAAAAAGACAAUUAAUUCUGAAAAUGAGUUAUUUACAGUAGGAUUGACGCCGAGAUUGGAAUUAUUUGCGGAUGCAAUACCCAAACUUAUGGCUGAAAAGAUGAGUGAAAGUAUCGUGAAGGAGAACACAGAGAUAGCAGAGAAAGCAGAUUUGGCGAACAAAGAAUCUGCUUGUUCAGAAACGAAGGUUGAUACGAAAGGGGAAGAUUCAGCCGUCAACGUAUCGAAGACUUCGAAGAUGCAUUAUCAAGAAGUACCUGAUCAUAGCGUUUCGAGUAAAGCAAUAGAUGUACCUAAAACCGACCGCGUUGUUAGUGCACCAAGCAAUAAGCAAUCGAAAAAAGAGAUAAGAUUUUGCAAGUCUAAAAGCUACGAUCUCUUAUGCCAGCCUCCCUUAAAAUCAUCCUUCGAAAAUAUCAGGGUUAACAAAGCAUUGGAUGUGUCUAAGAAACCUGUAAACGCAGUUUCCAGAAAGUCAUCGGCAAAGCCGAAAGUGCAAUCCCGAUCAAUUCCCAAAGUCGCACCGAAACCUAACUCAUCCUCAAGAUCAAAACUGGGUUCCGUUAAAGUUGGAUCUACACCCAGUUUACCAGCUGCGUGCAAAGGAUCCCAAAUAAAAUCGCCCGAUAGUUACAGAAAAAAUUUUAUGGCCGCCGGAGAUUCGAAACAGAUUCCAAUAAAACGUGAUUGGGAGAUGUUGUGUCGUGAGGAGAGACACAAGAACGCACUGUUGAAACAACAGUUGGAGACCGAGGCAAAGCUGUACAAGAGUCAAAUUGAGGAUAUGCGUUCGUCUUUUGAAGGAGAAUUGUUUGCUUUAAAGAAACAGAAUAUAAUCUUGAAGGCAAGAGUUGACGAGCUCUCUCUGAGCGAAAGACGCGCAGAAAUUCCUAUCAAGAACGACAUGAAGAUUACUCUUCUAGAACAGGAACUGGAAAAGCAGGAAAGCCUGAUCCGCGCUUAUGAAACCGAGAACAAGAAACUGAUGCUAGAUACGAAACGUAUGCAAGAGGAAUUGAAAAAUUUGCAGUCUAAGCAGAAGAGUACGGUAUCGAAAACAAACGAUACGCAACAGUUUGCUGAUCGGGUGAAGGAUCUCCAGGAGGAGACGUUGAAGUUGAACUUCGAGGUAUCCGAGCUGAAGGAAAAGAAUGCCGAUUUCUUGCUAAAGAACGACGAUCUAAUUCAACAGAACAGUUUGCUCACGGACGAAUUGGACAUGUUUAAGGAGCAGCUGAAAGUGAAAAAUAACUUUAUUACGGAUCGGUUGCAAGUGAUGACUACCACAGAGUUAGAACUUAAAAAACAAAUAGAGGAUCUAACUAUCAAAUUGAGUUCUAAGUCGGAGCAGUUGCGUGUGACUAAACAGGAGCUAGAGAGGUUUCAGCAGGACGUACUGCCCUUGGAGAAGGAACUGCUGGACCUCAGAGUUAGAGAAGAGAAUAUUCACGAGAAAUUACGGAUAAGCAAAAGUCAUGUCGAGCGUGAGAAGCAGCUGACUCAGAGACUCAAGGAUCAGGUUAUUCUGGACAACAAGAAAGUCAUGGACCUGAACAGACAAGUACGCGAGUUGGAGCGUAUACUCAAGAGAAAGAAUCCUGACUCGGUUUCGGCUCUCAUACUGACCGCCAACUCGGAGCAGGAGAAGAUCGGUUCCGAGAAGAUAAAGCUUCUGGAGCAGAGAAUAGCAAGUCUCGAAAACGAGAUUAAAAACAAAGAGGAUAUCGCGCAGCAAAAUCUUGUGGACUUGCAGAAAAAGUUCUCCGAUAUGAAGGAGAAAUAUGCAGUACAGGUGAUGGAGUUAAAGGCGAAACUGUUGGAAGCAACCGUGAAAGAACACAAGUUGUACAAUGACAUGUUCACGCAAACGACGGUGAAGUACGUCGAGAGCAAGAGCAUAGAGAAUAACAAGAAAGACGACAAAGCUUCCACCAUGGAAGAUAAGAAGGAUCAGAAAACGAUAAAGGCUGGACCGAAAUCUCAAAAUCCUAAGGAAGACGCGCAUCUCAUUGCCACUAUAAGAGGCCUGAAAUUGGAGAUUGCGAACAAAGACAAAACGGUCUCGAAGAUAACCAAGGAAUAUCAGGAGCUUCAGAAGACGAAUCGAAGAUUGCAGAAGGAGCGGGAGAAAUUGCUGAACGAUCGUAGGAGCUUCAGGAGUAUGGAUUUCGAUAAAGCGUUCCGAGGAAUGAAGAAUGGCGAAGGAAAUGAUCAGAAUUCGAAUGUUUAUCAGAACGGGCACGUUUCUGAGAGGUUGUCGUCAUCGACACCAAAGUUGUACGAUCCAGUGCAGUACACGGAGAACGGCAAGAACGGGGUUAUCAAGAAAUUGACAAACGAAAAUGAUAUUCUGAAGGAGGAACUGAGCAAAAUGAACAAGGACUUCAUGACGCUGAAGACCAAGAGGCUGCAUGAUUUGAAUCUCUUGCAGGAGGAACAUGAGCGAGAGAUGGCCACUCUUGUGAAAGAGUACAGCGUUAAGAUCGGUGAUUCUAAAGCGGUAAAGUUGCAGAGUCAGAUUAAUACUCAGGGAGCAAUUAUAUCGAACUUAAAAGAACAAGUUGAAAAGUUCAGAGACUACAAGGAGCAGGUGAUUAUGUUGAAGGCUGAAAGAGAGCACUUGGAGAAUAAAGUGAAGACACUGACCGAGAAAGUCAAAUACUUAUCAACGCCGGGAACAGAACAGUUGCAGUUAUUGCAGGACAAGAUCACAAUCCUCCAGCAACGGCAUGAAAGCAGAGAGAUGACUUUGCAAACGUUAAUUCGCAAUUUACUGAGGAAUCGAACGCAGUGCAAAGACUGUAAAAACGAAAAGGGUAAAAAUCGACAGCUCUGCUUCUUUCGGCAGGAGAUCGAUCAUAUCUUAGGAAUGUUACAAGAGAUCACUAACGUCCAUUGAUCUCACUGAAUCAAGAAAUCGUCUCUAAAUAGUCACAACGCAUUUGAUGGUUAUCGGUUUAUCAUCGAAUAUUGUGAUAAUUUUUACAAGAAUAAGAUUCGCGAUAUAGUUUAAAUAAUUCGAAAGAGGCAUUAAAUACUUUAGGUAUCGAAACAUAGAUACAUAAACGCGUUCAUUCGCGACACUCAGCCAAAACAUUUAGUCGAUACUCCUAUCGACUCUUCCAUAACUGAUGAGAACUAUGCGCAAUCUUCUUUCUUGCGUCCGUGAUACCGUUCUUUCUGCGAAGUCGUUCAUCAGUACAGAAUUCGCAAAGGAUUCGGUAGGCUCGGAUCACUGCCAAAGAGAAAAACGCUACUGCGUAACAUUACCAUUAAUAUCUAUAAUAACGAACAUAUGAUUGAAUUACAAACUUUUCCAAUCUCUUUCCGUCGCCAAUUUUCUUGCCACUUGCGCGCAAUGUCUCGGAACA